AUCCGCGUUAGCGCUGACGUUGUCCAAAGGAGGAAAAUGGCGAUGGGUUGCUUGUCAAUGAGGGACACCGCGACUCUUGCAACAUUAACCUGCAAAAGACGGCGUGCUACAAUGAUUCCCACAUUGUCUGGCGGGUUCAGCAAAAGCACUCUGUUUGCUUUAUCCCUGGCGUUAAUGUUGCAGGCGGUUUUAGGAGACGGAAAGACUCUCGUUUUGCUGGACAAUCCCAACAUCAGAGACACUCAUUCAAUCUUCUUCCGCAGUUUAGCAGAUCGUGGGUUUGACCUUACCUUCAAGACUGCUGAUGAUCCUGGUCUCUCUCUGAUAAAGUAUGGCCAGUUCCUCUACGACCAUCUCAUCCUUUUCUCUCCAUCAGUGGAAGAUUUUGGGGGCAACAUCAACGUAGAGACCAUUACGGCCUUCAUUGAUGGUGGAGGAAAUGUUCUCAUUGCUGCCAGCUCUGAUAUUGGUGACCCUCUGAGAGAGCUAGGCAGUGAAUGUGGGAUUGAAUUUGAUGAGGAGAAAACCGCUGUCAUUGACCACCAUAACUAUGAUGUGUCUGAUCCUGGCGAGCACACGCUUAUUGUUGCAGAUCCAGAGAAUCUUCUUAAAGCCCCAACUAUAGUUGGCAAUCCCACUGAUAAGCCAGUCCUGUUCAAAGGUGUUGGCAUGGUGGCUGACCCAGAUAACUCUCUGGUGCUGGACAUUCUGACAGGAUCCUCUACCUCAUACUCCUACUUUCCUGAUCGUCCCAUCACACAGUAUCCUCAUGCAGUCGGAAAGAACACCCUGCUGAUUGCCGGUCUGCAGGCAAGAAACAACGCACGUGUGGUUUUCAGCGGGUCAUUGCACUUCUUCAGUGAUGCUUUCUUCAACUCCCCUGUGCAGAAGGCUGCCCCUGGGUCAAAGAGAUAUGAACAGACUGGUAACCAGGAGCUGGCUGAGGCCCUGUCCCGCUGGGUGUUUAAGGAGGCGGGUGUUCUGAGGGUUGGGGCUGUUACCCAUCAUCCAGUUGGAGAGAGCACACCCCCUGCUGCCUAUACCAUCACUGACCUUGUGGAAUACAGCAUUGUGAUUGAGAUGCUGUCUGGUGGAAAGUGGGUGCCCUUUGAUGGAGAUGACAUUCAGCUGGAAUUUGUCAGAAUUGAUCCAUUUGUUAGGACCUAUCUUAAGAAAAAUGGUGGAAAAUACAGUGUACAGUUCAAGCUUCCAGAUGUAUAUGGAGUUUUUCAGUUCAAAGUUGACUACAACAGACUUGGCUACACACACUUGUACUCCUCAACCCAGGUGUCUGUCCGCCCCCUGCAGCAUACCCAAUAUGAGCGCUUUAUCCCCUCAGCCUUUCCAUAUUAUGCCAGUGCCUUCUCUAUGAUGGCAGGACUCUUUGUCUUCAGUUUCGUCUUUUUGCAUAUGAGAGAAAAAGAGAAGUCUGAUUAAAAUGAGUACCAGUAAUGAGGAGUGCAAGAAAAUGUAAAAACAAAGCUGAUGUGCUCCAGACCUCUAGCAGUCAUGAUGAAUAGAGAUCUGAAAUAUGUUGGUAUGGGCUCGUUUUGGUGAGUUGGAUGGUGUGCCAUUACAACAAAAGACAACAAUUGUAAAUCAUUUUUUUUGGAGGGGGGUUGGGUAAUCUAACAAAAGAUAUGUUUUUGUUUUCUGGUUUGCCAUUUGGUUAUUUAAAGUGAUUUUGGGGCACUCUUCUUUUAUUUGUAUAAAAGGCAACUUGAAUUGGUUUUUAUUAUACAACAUGCACUGAUGUUUCGGCUCUUGCUAUGAAAAGAUUGUUUUGGAAUCUACCAUUUGUAAAAAGAGGAAUUGAUGCUCAAAAUGUGGUUGAAACACCUGAAGGCAGUAAAGUUUUAACAUUCCACCACUA